GUUAGUUUAAGUUCAGAUCUCAAGGACCUUUGUGAAUUUAUUAAAGUCAAACAAUAAAGAACAUAAAAGUCCAUAUGCAAGGCUAACGUAACCAUGGACAUCCUAUAUACAGACCAAUCUGCAUCCCUUGGCAUCUUGGAGAUCAAGAGAACCCCCGACCUCCAUCCCAGUCAUUUGUGGUGCCAUGAAGAAGAUUGUGCUAAAGAUCAGCAUCGCAUGCCUCAAGUGCAAGGCUUGUGCCAUGAAAGCUGUCGCCAAGGUUGAAGGGAUAAAUGAGAUAACGAUAGACGCAGAGAAGGGUUUGCUGACGGUGAUAGGAGAUGUUGAUCCGGUCAUCGUUGUGAAGGAGCUGAGGAAGAUCAAGAAGUGGGUGAAAAUCGAGAGUGUUGGUCCUUACAAGAAGGAAGAGCCCAAAAAAGAACCACCACCCAAACCCAAGGAGCCAGAACCAUGCAAGCCCUUGCCAUCAUGCUGCGACGCAUGCCGGCCAGUUGUGGUCGGAUACGUAACCUAUGAUGACCCGGCCAUUUGUACCAUCCUCUGAAAAAGAUCGGAUGCAUAUUGAUUUCUUCUAAAUUUUGUUGAAGUACAAUAAGCAUUGCAAUGGUGGUAGCCAUGCAUGCAUUCGUGAUCAA